CCUUCACGAUCGGGUUACUUGCACCUACGAGGUGUCUCCGAGUUCCGAACUGCAAUCUAUUGAUCCUGUGCAUGCCCAACAAACACAUAGCUCCACCGAACUUACUGUACACUUAACCCUUUCACAAACGGAAUCUGGACUGGCCACCCACGAGACAGGGAGCGACUUCCAAAAAGAGAGUUAGCAUGGUGACAUAGAUAACGCUAAUGGGAAGUCAAGGUUAGGAAGUGACGGAUGUUCAGAAAUUCAGGAACGAGAAGAAGUGAUGAGGAUUAGAGGUAAGAAAGGAAUAGAGCAGCCACGCACUUUGUGCGACGAAAAAGAAGAAAACAAGGAUAAUGUUUACGCUGUUGUUCAUAAAGAAAGAAAAGGCAAGAACAGUUCUGAAGCAAGUGCUCUAAAAACAUCCUCAGGCCGCCCUCAGGAAGGCGCAAGUGGGUUACCUGUGAGCCAGGUGUCAGGUGUCCGUUGUAUUGGUCGCUCGUCACAUCAACCUGAUUCAGGACUCGACAACAUCGCAAAGGCUGUAGAGAGCGAAACACCUCAGGCUGGCGGAAACAAUGAAUACUUGUACGCAAGUGUUGACAUGACAACGAAGAGGAAGAAGCCCCCACAGAUGCCUCCUCCCUACCGUGGACUUGUGUAUGCAGAUCUGGCUCAUACCCGAGAAAACAGUGCAAAGCUUGUUCAAGAGCAGUCCCAAACAGUAUACGCCCAAAUUGAUCACGUCAAGACAGCAAGCGUGAAGAUAUCACAGCAGAAUCCGGAGGAAACAAAGGAAGGGGAGCAUAAGUGAGCUCUGCCCGUUUACAAUCGCAGAAAUGAUUUAGCGAUAAAAAAUAUAAAAAAUAAGUCAAAACUGUAAGAGAAUGAUUGUAAUUCGCAGAAACUUUUAGAGAAACAGUUGUCAGUAAUCAUUUGUUUUGUCAUUACUAAUUUGAUAGAAAAGUAACUUAAAUAGAUAUUGUAGCAUGAUGAUUGUAUGAACAUUAACUGUUGUGUACCAAAAUACUUAACAUAUUUCAUUUAAGUUACAUGGAAAACCGAAAAAAAUCAAUGACUUACAAGCGGUAAGUUUGUGCGGCCGAUGAGUUUAAAAACGGGGCUCUGUGCAUGGGCGUACUGAAGGAAAACAUUUCAAAACUUAGUAUAAACUUUGAAAAUGUCAUUACUUUUUUUACAAAUAAAUCAUCAAUUCCCGAGGUCUUAUGACAUUGAAUUAAACUGCAAUGUGAAAUUGUAACACCCGUUUUAGCGUUUAUAUCUAGCUUUGGUGUGGUCUGCCAUAGAA